GGGUUGGGAUUGGGAGGGAAUUGCAAUGAUUUACAAUGAUGAUGAAGUAAACAUUGUGCAUCUGGAACACCAAAGAAUGGACGAUAACAUGUAUUCACCAACCAAAGCUCUUGAAACUGGCAGACAAUUGCCAAGAACACCGGGUGAAGUUUGACACAAGGUUUGAAAUCUUUCCAAAGCAACAGGCAGGACCGCAAGAGAAUCACAGUGCUGCUGAAAACGGAUGGGAUAGAGUCAAUAGAACUAGAAUUCAGCUGAGAAACGUGACAUAACGUUAAGUAUUAAAGAUGACUGAGGGCCAUCAGUUGUGGCGAAGAGAACAUAAUAAUCAAAAGGUUUGAAUUUGGAAUAAGACGACAAACAAGAAGUGAAAACCUCGACACCUAUUACAGGGCGCUGGGGUUCUGAACCAUUCUUGUGAGUUCAGGGAAUUAAGGGAUGACAUGGUGAGAGAUAAUCUGACAAUAAGAAUCUGGGAGCCGAUUAUCAGGAAAAAACUGUUAAUAGAAAAACACGAGUGAGCAACAGAAAAUUGUGACGUUAUAACAUGCAAACCAUUGCCAGGCCAGAUGCCAUGAAGAUGGAAAUGGACACAUGGUCGUGUAUCAUAAAGGAUGAAAUGGGAUAUUGUUAUCAAAGGGACCUGAACAAAUUCAUGAGAAACCUUCGAAGGGGAAACGGCUGGAGUGGAAAGAAGUGUGGUUAAGGCACUUGAUUGACAAUUGGCACAGCAUCAAAACCGGAAUGGACUUGCAUUAAAAGUGGUGACCACUCAGCGGGAGUAAGAGGUUUGUGAAUAACUAGUGAAACAGAUUAAAGGUGUAUAUCUCUUGACUGGAAACAGACUGUGAAACAGAACUGACACAGCAGAGUACAGUCACUCAUGAAUUCUUUUCGUUCAGUGCUUUUCUAAUUUUGAUCUGAAUUGGAGAAGCGACUAUGUCUGAAAGCAAAGUUUUUCAAGCCUGGGAUUAUGCCGUGUUUAGUUGCAUGCUGGUUAUAUCUGCCGGAAUUGGGGUUUUUUUCGCUCUAAAACCUGGAGGAACUGGAACUACUGAAGAGUUUCUUGUAGGAAACAGGCAGAUGUCUGCUUUCCCGAUUGCUCUUUCGUUGGCAUCCAGUUUCCUGUCGGCUAUUACUGUGAUUGGAAGUCCUGCAGAGGUGUACACAUUUGGAUCGAUGGUUCUGUUGUACAUCUUCUCUUCUUUAAUUACCAUGAUAAUAACCUGUGUGAUCUAUUUACCACUCUUCUACAGGCUGAACAUUCUUAGCACGUAUGAGUAUCUAAGUAGAAGAUUUAAUAAUCUAGUGAGGUAUCAAGCAGUGUGCUGUUUCUUGUUGUAUAUGUUCAUUUAUCUUGGCAUUGUCACCUACACACCUGCAUUAGCAUUAAGUAAAGUUACGGGCUUAAAUUUAUGGAUAUCCGUGUUAUCAACUGGCCUCGUGUGUACAUUAUACACAUCAAUAGGCGGCAUCAAAGCUGUUGUAUGGACAGAUGUCUUUCAAAUCUGUGUGAUGGUGGCUGGACUGCUUGCUGUGCUGAUUCAGGGGUCCAUCCACGUUGGGGGCUUUGGAAAGGUUUGGAGUAUUGCACAGAAAGGUGGUCGCCUCAAUUUUUUUGACUUUGAUUUUGACCCAAGAAAAAGGCACACAUUUUGGUCCAUAUUGAUUGGAGGGACCUUUGCAUGGACUGCAAUUUACUGUUGUAACCAAGCACAGAUACAACGCUACCUGGCCUGCAAGAGCGAAAGAGAGGCCAGAAAGGCUAUCAUCCUCAACUGGUUUGGUAUGUGUAUGGUGACAAUCACAGCCUGUUUCUGUGGCUUGGUUAUGUAUGCUGUUUAUGAAACCUGUGACCCUUUAAUGUCAAACAGAAUCAACGAUCCCAACCAGUUGGCACCGUUACUGGUUUUGGAUAUCUUUUCUGAAUUACCUGGAAUUUCGGGAUUGUUUGUCGCGAGUGCAUUCAGUGGCACACUGAGCACUGUCUCCUCUGGCAUCAAUUCUAUGUCUGCAGUCGUUAUGGAAGAUUUUAUCAGCACUUCCUGGAAGCCUUGGAAGUACCUGUCGAGAAGCAAGAAAACAUUGAUCUCAAAACUCCUAGUGGUGUUUUUCGGAUUUACAUCAAUAGGGCUGGCUGGGGUCGCUUCUCUCUUACAUGGAAAUGUAAUGCAGAUAUCUCGAAGUGUUGAUGGCUUACUGCUUGGACCCCUAAUCGGUGCAUUUACUCUUGCAGCUUUAUGUCCAAGGAGCAACAGCAAAGGAACAUUUGUGGGUGUGCUUGUUGGUUUAAUCCUUUCCUUGUGGUUAGGAAUUGGUUCUCAAAUCUACCGACCUUCCGAUAGAUUCACAGAAACACUUACGUUCUCAAUAGCAGGCUGCGUGCAAGCUAACGUCACCACCUCAAGCUCUGUAAAUAUAACAGCUCUGAUGACAACUAUAACUUCUGUAAAACAGGAACAAGAGUUCAGCAUUUUGGAUAAUAUUUACUCCUUAUCCUACGCGUACUACACGCCAGUCGGUUGCCUGAGUACAAUUUUUGUGGGUUUAAUCGUCAGUGUAUUGACCGAAGGUGCGAAGGAUGUGGAUCCCGCUUACCUUGCUCCUAUCCUGCACACCAUACACAGGAUGGUCUUCAAGAAGGAGAAAAUCCCACCCUUGUCGGAAACGGGAAUACAACUCAUCGAAGGGACUUACUUGAACGGGAACUGCUAGCCUUUCAUCGGUGGAAUGGGUCCGUCUUAUCAAUUCAUAGAAUGGAAACCCUGCUACCUCGGUCUCUGGCAAUUAAAAAGCAUUCAAGAAAAAUAUUAAAUGAAAAUCAAGCUUUAAAGCUGGGAAUAGUUGGAGGAAUGUUUUAAUGCAAAGUUUGUUUGUUUAACUCUGGAGUGGAAUGAGAUUAUAGUAAAAAAAUGUAAUUUGUUGUUGUAAGAGGUGGCAGCUUUUAAUGUGAAGGCUGAUUAAUACUGGGAGGUUUGGUGAAGUUGAUGGGUAUAAUUUUCAACCCAGUAUCAUUUGUAUACUGAACCACUUAAAUGCAUUGUCAAACAUGCAGCCUGAUGCAAAUAUCAAUAAAUGUGCUUUUUAAAUUAA